AAAACCUAAACUGGGUUCUGUUCAAAAUCGAAACUUUGGGUUGGAAUUGGAAAAAAAAAAAAAAAAAAUCUCUCGCUUAGUCUUAAGGUCUCCCACGAAAUUUAUCCAAAAAGCGCACAAAAAGAAAAAUAUCCCAACUUGCGUAGAAGACAAAAUCCUGGCAACGCACGAAACGGUUCUUCGAAAGACAAAAGUCAAAUCCACGACCAAACGCUUUAGCAGCCGCCAUCGCCCAAUCGCAUCCAAGCGCUCGGGAGAGAGAGAGGUGAUGGUGUUCAGCAGCGCGGCGUUGGUGGCGGUGGCAGAUGCCUCAGCCGACACGUGGCAGCGGAUGCGGAGGGUUCGGCCGUCGGAGAGAAUCAACAGCCGCCAGGUUAUGGACCUGGCUUGUUGCUUCCCGCUUCAUCAAGUGGGUCGUCUCUUUCUCUGCUUGUGGACUUUCCUGUGCCUUCCCACAUCUGAUUCCUUCUACUCCUAUACGUACCACAACUACUCUUCUUCUUCCUCCUCCUCCGAUUACGAUGAUGAUGAUGAUGAUCUUGAUUUUGGUCAUAAUUACUACAAUUAUGGGGAUUAUGCUGAUGAUGGGUCGUCCUCAUCAUCUACCCACACUGAAUCGAGAUUGCCAUGGUGAUAACAUUAACAUGUUAUGGAAACAAAUCUUGGAUUUGGAUUUUAUAAUAAAAGGUUAUCAGGCGAAUUCUCUGCGCAAGGAAAAGAUCAUGUUGACUCUGAAUUUGUUCAUGUGGCUUGAUCUUGAACAAGGAGGUUAUGUGUUUCUUAUAUCAUCUGAAAAGCAGUGUGUUUGAGUUUAUAUCUUUAUGUACAACCUCUUCAGUUACCAGCGAUAUUGUCAUCAACAGACUUUAACUGUCUGAAAAAAAAAUAAUAAUAAU